UAUCCUCACAUCGUACGUUCUUCGUUCUACGUUCUACGUUCCUGGCUCGUACGCUCGUUCGUAUUUGAUGCACAGCUUGGCCAUUGCCGUUGGUUCGCUGUACGUGCGCAAGCACUUCAAACAGAAUUCCAAGACCAUUGCGCUGGAUAUGGUGGAACAAAUUCGUGGCGUGUUCGAUAAUAUACUCAGCGAAGUCGAUUGGAUGGACGAGGCUACAAAGUUGGAGGCUAAGAAGAAGCUGCAUUCGAUGACCACACACAUCGGCUAUCCGGACGAGAUGUUGGACAACUCGAAAUUGGAGGAAUACUAUCGUAAUUUGGAAAUUGAUCCCAGCAAGUAUUUUGAAUCCUUCCUGAAGCUGAAUGUUUUCGGCACAGACUACUCCUUCAAUAAGUUACGUUUGCCGGUCAACAAGACCGAUUGGGUGCGUCAUGCCCGACCGGCGGUUGUGAAUGCCUACUAUUCGUCCAUCGAGAAUAGCAUACAAUUCCCCGCUGGUAUUCUGCAAGGACACUUCUUCAAUGCUGCGCGUCCCAAGUACAUGAAUUACGGUGCUAUCGGUUUUGUUAUUGGUCACGAGAUUACACACGGCUUCGAUGAUCAGGGUCGUCGUUUUGACUUGCAGGGCAACUUGCUGGACUGGUGGGCAGAGAACACACAGAAGUCAUACUUGGAUAAGGCGAAGUGCAUUAUUGAACAGUAUGGCAACUACACGGACUUGCAGACAGGCAUGCAUCUCAAUGGCAUUAAUACACAAGGUGAAAACAUCGCCGACAAUGGCGGCGUGAAGGAGUCCUACAAAGCUUACCGCCAAUGGGUGGCCAAGAAUGGCCCCGAACCGAAAUUGCCCGGCUUAGAUUACACACCCGAGCAGAUGUUCUGGAUUUCGGCGGGUCAAACUUGGUGUUCGAAAUAUCGUACAGAAACGCUUAAAAUGCGCAUCACCACCGGCGUGCAUUCGCCCUCGCAAUAUCGCGUCAUGGGCACAUUUAGCAAUAUGAGAGACUUUGCGCGCGAUUUCAAUUGCCCCGAAGGCUCCCGAAUGAAUCCGGUGCAAAAGUGUGUGGUGUGGUAGGCAAAGCAGUGCAGGGGGCAGCAGGGAAAGCAGCAAUAAGUUCAUCAACACACUUGCAAGCAUACAUACAUAUAUGUUGACCCACUCACACACCAACACACAUACAUAUACACACUAUACAUACACACAAGUACUAAGUAUGACAAGUACUGGAAUUCUUGUUUUUAUUAAAAAAAAAAAAAUAAAAAAAUUAUAUAUACGAUAAACUUAUUAUUUAUGUACGUAUGUAUGUCUUUAGUUUAUAAUUGCAAUUUGCUUUAUUUUUAAAGCUAAACGUUUUUUUUUUUUUUUAAUGUAUGUAAUUAGUUAAUUUCGUGCAAUUGAAACAAAAAGUAGUCGAUAUUUUUUUCUUUAUUUGCUACUCACUUUAAAUGCU